UUUUUAAAACGAAAUACGUUUAUGUUCAAGCGUUUGGAGCAUUGGAGAUCCCGCGCGCGCUGUAUAAAUAAAUAUAAUUAAUCAUUCAACGCGAGAUUGAAAUAAGACCUUUACUAAAGUUGUUGUUUUUUAUCCAUCUUAAUGAUAAACCAUCAGUGUAUGUUUAAUCGUCUAAACAGGAGCCGACACUUGUCCGUUUGUGUGCUGUCAUCUUCAAACUAAAUUUGGGAUGCUGUAUUACAUUCAAUGCCUGCCUUUUUGAUGCCUUUUUACUUACUUGGAUCAAGGACCACGUAGUGUUCUCCAACUUUUGGCACAAGUCAUCCGAUUUUUGCUUGUCACUAAGGACUGGAGUCUCAAAAUAUGGUCCACUGUGCUGGAUGCGAGAGGCCUAUUCUGGACAGAUUUCUGCUGAGCGUCUUGGACAGAGCCUGGCAUGCAAAAUGCGUGCAAUGCUGUGACUGUAAAUGCAGUUUAACUGAUAAAUGUUUUUCCAGAGAAGGACGGUUAUACUGCAAAAACGACUUUUUCAGACGUUAUGGCACUAAAUGUGGAGGCUGCGCGCAGGGAAUCUCGCCCAGUGACCUCGUUCGGAAAGCGCGAAGCAAAGUCUUUCACUUGAACUGUUUCACCUGCAUCAUGUGCAAUAAACAGCUUUCCACUGGCGAAGAACUGUACAUCCUAGAUGAAUAUAAAUUUGUCUGCAAGGAGGAUUACUUGAAUAACAGCAAUGGAAAAGACACAAGCCUUCUGUCAAUUACCACAUGCAGUGACCCGAGCUUAUCUCCAGAGUCUCAGGACCCACAGGAUGAUUAUAAAGACUCUGAGACUGGACCCAUGUCAGACAAGGAGACCUGCAACAAUGAAAACGACGAACAGAAUAUAGGUGGCAAACGUCGCGGGCCCCGAACUACAAUCAAAGCCAAGCAGCUGGAGACACUGAAAGCUGCUUUCGCCGCCACCCCUAAACCCACCAGACACAUAAGAGAGCAGCUGGCGCAGGAGACCGGCCUCAACAUGCGCGUAAUUCAGGUGUGGUUUCAGAAUCGGCGCUCUAAAGAGAGGCGAAUGAAGCAGCUGAGCGCGCUGGGCGCCAGGAGGCACAUGUUCUUCCGCAGCCCGAGGAGAAUGAGAGCGCUGGGCGACCGAAUGGAACCAGGAGAGCUCAUGGCCAGCGGACAUUUCUCUUUUUAUGGCGACUAUCAAAGUGAAUACUAUGGCCCGGGGUCAAACUACGACUACUUCCCUCAGGGUCCACCGUCGUCCCAAGCCCAGACUCCAGGUGACCUAGGAUUCAUGCCCUCCUCUGGCCCAGCUGGAACGCCUCUAGGGAGCAUGGACCACCAUCACGGAGCACACCACCCCUCCAAUGACACACAAUGCUUCAGUGAGAUGAUAUCACAUCACCCUGGGGACUCUCCCAGCCCAGAGCCCAGCGCACCCGCCUCCAUCCACAGCAUCUCCACUGACAUGUGUGACUCCACUCCACCCUUCACAUCCUUGAACUCGCUCAGUGCCAACGGAUACGGCAAUCAACUGUCCUCAGAGAUGAACGAGGGGACCGUUUGGUAGCAAAAAAGGCAGACUUAUUCAGGAUAAAAACAUGUGGACAUGU